UUCACUUCCUCCUUAUAACACUGCUCAUGAAGGUAGGGCUUCCACACCACUCCAGCGUCUCCAUCCACAUCCAGCAGUCACUCAGUUCAUCAGCAAUACAGAGAUCAUGGUGGUCCACAAGGAGUUCGAGACUGCAGGAAAACAGCCAGGCUUGCAGGUAUGGAGGGUGGAAAAGAUGGACCUGGUGCCAGUACCCAAGCAGCUCUAUGGAAACUUCUACAUCGGAGAUGCCUACAUCCUUCUCUACACCACUCCUGCUCCAUCCUACGCCAUCCACAUCUGGCUAGGGGGUGAGUGUUCCCAGGAUGAGAGUGGAGCUGCAGCAAUCUUUGCUACCCAAUUGGACGACUUCUUGGGUGGAAGUCCGGUUCAGUUCCGUGAGGUCCAGAACAAUGAGUCCCUCACCUUCCUUGGCUACUUCAAGUCCGGUGUUAAGUACAAGCAAGGUGGUGUGGCCUCUGGCUUUCAGCACGUGGUGACCAAUGACAUGGACGUGAAGCGAUUACUCCAUGUUAAAGGGCGGAGGGUGAUCCGUGCCACCGAGGUUCCUCUGUCAUGGACCAGCUUCAACCGUGGAGACUGUUUCAUCAUCGAUCUGGGCAAGGAAAUCUAUCAGUGGUGUGGCAGUGAGUGUAACCGAUUUGAACGUCUGAAAGCAUCUCAGGUGGCCAUGGACAUCCGCGAUAAUGAGCGUAAUGGUCGUUCCAAGCUGCAGAUGGUUGAGGAGGACUCGGAGCCGGAGGCCAUUACUGCUGUUCUUGGAUCCAAACCCAACAUACCCGCAGGAAGUGCUGAUGAUGAGGCUGUUGACAGAGCCAACAAGAAGGGCACUCUUUAUAUGGUUUCUGAUGCUUCAGGCUCCAUGAAGGCCUCUCUGGUGGCUGAGAGCAGCCCAUUCAAACAGGAGAUGCUUUCUCCCAGUGAAUGCUACAUCCUUGACAAUGGAGUUGAUGGCAAAAUCUUCUUGUGGAAAGGUCCGAAAGCCAACGAAGCUGAACGAAAGGCGUCUAUGAAUGCCGCACAGCAGUUUAUCAAAGACAAAAACUACCCUAAAAACACCCAGAUCCAGCUGUUGCCCGCUGGUGGGGAGACCACCCUGUUUAAACAGUUCUUCAGCAACUGGAAGGAUAAGGAUCAGACCACGGGCCCAGGGAAGGCCUACACUAUUGGGAAAAUCGCCAGAGUGGAGCAGGUCCCCUUUGACGCAUCCAGUCUGCACUCCAAUAAAGCCAUGGCUGCUCAACACGGCAUGGUGGACGAUGGCUCGGGCAAGGUGCAGGUGUGGCGUGUUGAAGGUAGUGACAAGGUUCCUGUAGACCCCUCCACCUAUGGUCACUUCUAUGGAGGAGACUGCUAUCUGAUCCUCUACAGCUACAAACAGGGAGCCAGAGAGCAGCAUAUCAUCUACACCUGGCAGGGGCUGAAGUGCACGCAGGAUGAGUUGGCCGCCUCUGCCUUUUUAACAGUCAAAUUGGACGACUCCAUGGGAGGAUCUCCCGUGCAGGUGCGUGUCACUCAAGGCCAGGAACCGCCCCAUUUGAUGAGCCUGUUUAAGGGCAAACCGCUGAUCAUCUUCUUGGGCGGGACUUCCCGAAAAGGCGGGCAGAGCAGUACAGGAAGUACACGUCUCUUCCAUAUUCGUCAAAGCUCCACCCGUGCUACACGUGCUGUUGAGGUGAAGCCCUCUGCUGCAAAUCUGAACACCAACGAUGUGUUUGUGCUGAAGACUCCAGACGCCAUGUUCCUGUGGAAAGGAGUCGGGGCCACGGAUGAGGAGCUGUCUGCUGCCAAACACGUCUGCAGCUUCCUGGGUGGCAGUGCUACUGAAGUGGCUGAGGGGAAAGAACCAGCGGGGUUCUGGUCUGCUCUUGGUGGAAAGAAGGACUAUCAGACCUCCAGCAGUCUGCAGAAGACAGUUAAACCACCUCGCCUGUUUGGCUGCUCCAACAAAACCGGCCGUCUCAUAGUAGAGGAAGUGCCAGGAGAGUUCACUCAGGUUGAUUUGGCCACAGAUGAUGUCAUGCUUCUGGAUACCUGGCACCAGAUCUUUGUCUGGAUUGGUAACGAUGCCAACGAAGUGGAGAAGAGCGGCUCAGAUAAAAUAGCUAAAGACUAUGUGAACUCAGACCCCUCUGGCCGUCAUGGCACCCCCAUCAGCAUCAUUAAGCAGGGCUUUGAGCCACCCACUUUCACUGGCUGGUUCCAGGCCUGGGAUACUAAAAUGUGGGACAAAGACCCUCUGGAACAUAUCCGUACCUGUUUCUGAACACACUCACAGUUUGCACGGCUUGCUGCUGUCUGCCAUAAGACAAGCCUGCUAUCUGAGAGAGCUAUAGAUUAACAGCAAAAAACAAUGCUAUGCACUAGUCACUAUAUACACUGUCAUGUCGUUUUACAUGAAAUAUUUGCUUUUGGCUUAUUUUUUAAAUACAGGAAGUUUUAAACAUACAGUUAAAAUAUAUAUGUUUUGGCUAAAUAUAUUCUAAAACUAAAUGUAAGAACUUAACCAAUGUGUUCUCUAUCUGGCAUGUAAAUGUGGCCUUCAUAAUUAUAGGCAUUCAAAGUGAAAUAUUUAAAAAUGAAACCUCUGAAAAUUGUAACAUCUCAAAAUGUUAAUUUACACCUACCAGUCAUUUUCUACAAAUGCAGAACAAAUAUUGAAAUAUGCUGGUUCAUAAUAAAAAGUGCACCUUGAAACAAUGGCUAAUGUC